GCCGCAGUUGCGCGGUCUCGUCGGUAAGUACUCGCCGCGUGAUACGUUUUUAACAACAAUGGCAACCCGAAAAGGAAAGCAAGCAUUGACCCUUUUAUUGGGACAAUGCGUACCAUCAAUGAAAGAAAAUGCUGCGAAGAUUCGUGUGAAAAAAUUGGAUUUUGACGCACAUUUGAAUAUGUAUUUCAAUAAGCAUGAGUAUCUUUAUGCUCACGAUCCAGAGAAACUUUGUAAAACGGGUGACACUGUCCUGGUGCAGAGCCUGCCAUCAAGACUAACACGUAUUAUUACUCACAAGGUAGUUAAUGUUAUAUAUCCCCUUGGUGAUAUUACUGACCCUAUAACUGGAAAGAAAUCUGUCGUUAGCAAAUACAGGGAUGAUAUAAAGAGAGUUCAUGAAAUUUAUGGAAAAUCAGAAAAUGCCUUUGAUUAUGAUAAGAGACCACCGCGAGGUAGUCAAGAAGGUAAACUUGACUUCAGUCAUAAAGAGGGAUACGUUAAAUAUCACGAAGAUCCUGAUGACCCUCAAACUCACGCAGUUCAUUAAUGCAUUCAGUCUGUACCAUAGUUAAUAAAAUUUCAUUAAUCAAAAACA